AGCUCUGAGUCUUGUAUUUUCUGCUGCUGAAUAUUGUGCACCUGUGUGGCUAAACAGUCCUCACACACACAGAAUAGAUGCCCAACUCAACAAUACAAUGAGAAUGAUUAGUGGAGUCAUCAAAUCAACACCUACUGAAUGGCUUCCAGUUCUAAGCCACAUACCACCACCAAACCUGCGUCGUAAAAAUGCUCUCAUCAGAGAAUUUGAAAAAAUUUCAAAUAACCCAGACCUGAGAAUACAUGAGGAUAUUGAAAAUGCAAAUAAAACCCGCUUGCGAUCAAGAAAGCCACCAACAAAAACCGCAAUCGAUACUGCUACAGAACAGAACUUCAAUUUGCUUAGUGCAUGGCAGCAGGAAUGGACUAUGAAGCAGCGAGAUCAAAUCCCAUGGUUCUCCCAAAAGCCACCAGGUUUUGGCUUACCAAGGAAAGCUUGGUCGACUCUAAACAGAAUUAGAACCAAGCACGGUCGAUGUGGUGACUUGUUGUAUAAAUGGGGCAAAAUACCAUCGCCCUCCUGUGAAUGUGGGGAAAAACAAACAAUUGACCAUAUAGUGAAAGAGUGUGCAAUCACAGCCUUCAGAGGAGGAACAGAAGAAGAUUUCUUGAUGGCAACUCCAGAGUCAAUAGCUUACUUAAACGGACUGGAUAUAUGACAAGGGAUUAUUCCAAUGAUGAUCCUGAAAAUGGAAUGGAUACUGAUUGAUACGUCUUGAAAGCCAUACGCUAAAUAAUA